AUGACCGAGAAGCGCAAUUCCAAGGUAACACUUCCCAACCUCUCAUUAGCCGAAGCCCAUCACAAAGCUGACAAAUUUUCUCUGAGUGACCUGCACCGCCAGACCAAUUCUGCCGCCAAACAGGCCAUCCUCUAUGAGCUCCACUCAUCGAUGCAGCUUCGAGCAGAGAGGAUUCGUCUCCAUCGGAAAGGUUCCUCUGAUACUCAUCAUGAUGAUAGUGAUGACAAUGUCAAAGACGCUGAUGAGAGGAAGCCAGUAACGCAGGUCCCCUCCCAAUGUCAAACCAAACAUGUGACAUUUGGUGAAGCACAUUUAGAACCAAGGCUCCAAUCCCGAAUCCCUGUUCCAGUUCGUCAAGACCCAAACCAAAGGUCAAGAAGUCACAAGGUAUCCAAUGUAAAGGGGCAGGAUGCUAGAAGCAGGAUUACACAAAGUGUCAGAAGAAGAGGUGAUGGUGACCAAAAGCAUCAUGGGAACCAAACUGUAAACUUUGAGUAUACGUGGGGACAAAGAGGAAGGUUGAAUGAACUCAGAAUCAGGGAGCAUUACAACUCUCGGUUGAUGCGGAAGAUGUUUGAUGAGUGGAGAGAAUUCUGGUGGAUACAGCGCAGAGAAUGGACCCUUAUGAUAAGAGCUGAGUAUCAUCAUAGAUACAAGAUGUACCAACAUGUAUGGAUAUGUUGGAGAGCAUUUGUUGUGAGAGAAAAGGUGAAGAAUGCCAAGAAAGAAAUCUCAACUAUCCAUGCCUCAAGUACAUUGCUACUCAAGGCCAUGUUAGCAUGGAAGCACUAUGUCACAUUGAGGAGAGCAAAGAGAGUACUGAAGCAGAAAGCUGAGAAGGUUCAUCAGAGACAUGCACUGCAAUUCUGUUGGAAUGAGUGGAGGGCUGCCAUGCAGCAGCGCAGAGAAGAGAAUGAUGCUGAGGUGUUUGCCUUGCAGUACUGGGCUGAGAGUCUCGUCCAGAGGGUGAGCAUGGAAUGCCUCCGCUGGAGAAGAAGAUGGUUACAGAAACAGGAGAUGAAGGAGAAAGAAAGGCAAGCUCAGCAUCACUAUGAAAAGACACUGGUAUCUAGAUGUUAUUACCAAGGCUUUAUACCAUACACUCAUCAUAGGAAGGAGAAAAGGAGAAUCAAUGCACAAGCUUACCAGGUGUACUCUGACAGACUAUUAACCCAUUCCUGGCAGCAUUGGAAUCAGAGAUGGUUUACCCGUCGAUCCUUAGCACAGCGCCAAGAACAGGUUGAUCGUCUUGGUAACAGAGCCAGGAUGAGGAGACUCCUCACUCAUUGGAGAUUCUAUAUUCAUCAAGUACACAUUGAGAGGAGAAAAGAAGAUAUAGCAAGGAUACAUCAUAACACACAACUUAAGAAACUGGGCCUGUUGAUGCUGAGACUUGCUGUUGUUCAGAGAAGAGUGAAAGAAAGAAGAAAAGAACAAGCAAUAGAAUUGCACCAAGAGAUGUUGGUGAAACGUUGUUGGAAUCAAUGGAUCCUGCAGUGUGAACACAGAGAAGAGCUUAGACUCUUUUCAGCUACAAGGAAAGCAAGACAAAUGCACAGGAAGCACCUUUUGACUGCAGUAUUUCAGCAAUGGUGCCACUACACAGUAUGGAGGAGACAUCGUAAGGCACAGUAUGCCAGGGCAGAUGCUCACUAUGCUAGAAGCAACCUGCUUCCUAAGUGUAUCCACAGUCUUAGAGAUAAUGCUGAGCUAGAGAAGAAGAAGAGGGCGCUCCAUGCACAGGCUAUGGAAUUCUACAGGGAAGGUGAGCUUGGUAGAUGUUUUUAUCGUUGGUGUCAAUCAUUUCAGCUGAGUCAAGAUGUUAGGAUGAUGGAAAGAAUGGCCUUCCUACACCACGAGAGCAUACUUGCGAGGAGGUUCUUUACUGAGUGGAGAGAAAGAACAAGAUCUAAGCUGCAGGAAUCUGAGAAGAUGUUUCAUGCCUUGGACCAUCACCAUGUAUCCCUGAGUGCUAAGGCCUUGAAAAGGUGGAUGGAAUUCACAGUAGAAUCAAGACAGAGGAGUGAAUUUGAGAGGAAAGCAUCUGAGCAUGCCUAUAUUCAAACAACCAGGAAAGCAUGGGAUAUAUGGAGAAAGUAUGUCUCAUACCGUAGACUGAAGGAAGUGAAGAAGGAGAGAGCUGAUCUUCAUUAUAACAGGAAACAGAUUAGGAGGGUCUUCAUUGCAUGGAAGUUCCAUUGUCAGAAGAUGCAUGUUGUGUAUCAGGUUGUAGCAACCAAAGAAACAGCUGUCAAUCGUAGAAGACUCAGGCAUGCAUUUUCAGACUGGAAGGUCUGUGUAGAGACAGCCAAAGAGGAGAGAUUACUGGAGAGAAUUGCUAUCCAUCAUUGGAAUACAAGAAUGCUCAACAAGAUUGUAGCAACUUGGCAUGCCUAUGCUCAGCAGCACGCAGCUGAUACUGCGUUGAAAGUCUGGAGAUUACAUGAACUACAAGCUCAGUUAGAUAGAGGUAUAUUACGGAGAGCAUUUCUAGCGUGGAAGCAGUGUGCUAAGACGGAAGCAGAGGACAGAAGGCGAGAGACGAAAGCAGAUACUUUCCAUGCUGAGAAAUUGAGACAGAGAUGCUUCCAACAAUGGAAGGCAUACAGGCUUCUUGCCAUCAAGAAAACACUUAUGGCUCGUCAGGCAUUGUGGUUGAAUAGGAUCAGGAUGCAAGCAAAGUUCUUCAAGCAAUGGAAACAACAGUAUAGUGAAGCCAAAGAAGAGAACGGCAAGACAGUAAUGGCCUUGUGGCUCUGGAGCAUGAGACUUCAGCAGCACACACUCCAUGCCUGGAUCAGGUACGUCAAAGAACGUCGGAGGAAGAAGGCACGUAUCACACAAGCUCUUGAACAACGCAGGGUAGAGCUGCUGAGAGAAGGGGUGCGUCAGUGGCUGAUGGUAGCCGGGAGUUUAGGGGAGAGAAGGGCUGCAGUGGCUGCUCAACACCAUGCUCAGACAUCCCUGAAGUCCUACCAAGUUGUCCAACGCUGUGCUGCCCUCUGGAGACAGAAGACUAUCGCCAACAGAGGAAAGAAGAAGAAACAUCGCAGCAUGAAACAGAGGAAGGUCAGGUUUGAAGAUGAGCACCCUACUAGAGGUCAUAGGUCAAAGGUCACCCUCCCUCCCACGACCCUAAUGUCAAGCAUGACAGUGGAACCGUUAGGAUCAAGGGGUCUUCCAGUGAUAAGUGCUUCUGUGGAAGAAAGGGUGAUGGACCGUGCAGUAGGAGAAACGUCCUUUUCUACAAAACCUGUGAUGGGUAAAGUUCGCCCUCAACCCAGAAAGCCAGAUUUCCUGAGAGAUUCACUUCAGAGAGAAGGACUAUGGUCACGGUCAGAUCUUCAUGCAAUAUCAAAUAAUUCUGAAGAAGAACAUCACCAUAGUAUUCCUCCGAAGCGAAGCAAAGCACCACCCAUUAGUAGAACGUUUCAUGAUCUAUCAAAUUUGAAUGAACCUGUUGGAACAAGAAAACCAAUCCCUAAUAGUGUACCCCCGGAGGAUAUGGGGAAGACUAGAUCAUGUGGAUUGGAGGGACAAGCUGAUGAACCAAGAACUACUGACAGUGAAUUUGUACAUUCUGAAAGAGAUGACAGCGAUAACAAGAAGAAAAUUAUUGAUACCAAGUUUGAUUCUAGAAGUGCCAGAGCAUUUACCCUACCAAAGACCACGGAUGGUCCAAGGCAUACUCAGAGUGGUGAUGUUUCUGGGAUAGAGAUGAAGCCUCCUGUUCUUCUUCCACCAUCUGCUUUUUCAUCAGGCCAACCUUCUACCUCUUAUAGACCCUCUAAAGGUGCAUCACAAUCUACAUCUGAUGGAGUGGGCAUGUUGCCGAGAAGGACGUCUUCCAUUCCAUUUAAUAUUGAGCAAACCCCAAGGUUUGGUGAUGAAGUAAAAGAUAAGAGUAGAGCAGAUUCCACUGAGGUUCUCUACGCUGAGAUACAAGGGCUGAAGAAUAUCCUCCAAGGAUACCAAGAUAUGAAACAUAAACUCAAGAGAUUGAAGAGUCAGGAGGCUGAGUUACAGGGAUGGGUUAAGGAGCUGAAUUUACCUUCAUCAACGGAGGACAGUGCAGCAUUAUUAAUUGGUGAUGAACUCACACAGGUUCAGGAGGAGAUAGCCUUGCUGACAUCCCAGCUACAUCAGAAGAAACCACACAUCAAGAAUAUCCUCUCACAGAUCACUCAACUAACUCAGCAAGCUACAGGGUGAUUUCAAGUAUGGUGUCCAAACUUGGUGUUGGUGCUUAGGCUACAUCAUUUAUAGAUAAGCCAAAACACCCAACUGGAAGUUGGGAAGUCUCAACACUAUCAGUGUUGAGACAAUAACUCUGGUCCCUUCACCAAAUUCAAGCUAGGCUUGUGUUAAGUAGAUUGAGCCAGUUACAUUAUCCAUGAAUGCAGAAUCUUGUUUGGAUCCUUGUGGAAUGCAUUAAAUCAUCCUUGAUUUUAAUAUACAGGAGAGAGAUACUUCAGGCACCUUGUCAAAAGUCAGAUCUGAGUUUUCCCCGCUGAAAUUCUGCAAGUAGCUUUUCUUUUCAAAUCAUCUUAGGUGCCGCAAAGAAGACGUAUAGCAGCCAUACAGUGGUGCUAAAAAGUGUGCGAAAUCUGUGAUGUGACAAGCACAAUAAUAAUACGUCUUGACUCCAAGAGAUACGGUUACAGAGUGUCUUUAUUAAGUACCAAUUGUAUCACAUCUGAGCAGUAGAUGGUGCAGUACAAAGUAUUCAGUAUAUUUACAUACAUUGCAUCCCCCUUCCCCUGGUGUAAAACGAAACACUAAAAAUUUGAUCAAAAUCAGACAAUGAAUUUUAAAGAUUUGCAUUGUUUUGGUGAAAAAGAUCUAGGCAUGUCUUAAUGAAUGUUCAAUAAGCAAACUGAUAAUGUCAUAUACCAAUUGUUCUUUUGUAUUUCAUUAUAUGGAACUUGGUUUAUUAAUUUUUUUUUCCUCCCAGGAACAAAAACAAAAUGGUUUACAACUGAUUUAAUGCAUUAGAUGUUCAUUCCUGGAACUUAUUUCAUUGUAAGGAAGACAUAUCAUUCACACAUGUAUGAAAAAUGAUACAAUUAUUAUUUCAUGUAAUAACACAAGGAAAACGA